GAUAUUGACAGAUCUUUGGGGCAUUCUGGUAUCUGUUAGCUGUGGAACGAAAGAACUCGUGUUGGGAGCAAGCUUGUAUAAAAGAAAAGAAAUGUGAAAUAGAGUAUCUUUACUGUGGAUAUGAGGAAUCUGAGAGCUAUAAAGCUUGGAUGAGUGUCAGUAAAGACAUUCUUGAUGAACAUUGUGUUGAAAGUGAAGCUUAUGGAGAAUUUGAUUAUGGGAUUUACUUAGCUGCUGUACAAUCUCAAGUUGAUUCCUCUGAACAGUUUAUAUCUAAAUAUUUUUACUGUUUGUGGUGGGGCUUGAGAAACUUGAGUACACUCGGACAGGGGCUUGAAACCAGUACAUAUGCUAAAGAAAUUAUUUUCUCAAUCAUAAUUGCAAUUUCUGGGCUCAUACUUUUUGCACUUCUCAUUGGCAACAUGCAGACAUAUCUUCAAUCCCUUUCGGUUCGCCUAGAGGAGAUGAGGAUCAAAAGGCGAGACUCUGAACAAUGGAUGCAUCAUAGGUUGCUUCCUCAAGAACUCAAAGAAAGAGUACGUCGUUAUGAUCAGUACAAAUGGGUCGAAACAAGAGGCGUAGACGAGGAGAGUUUGGUCCAAAGUCUACCAAAAGAUCUUAGAAGGGACAUCAAGAGACACCUUUGUUUAAAUUUAGUCAAAAGGGUUCCGUUGUUUGCAAAUAUGGAUGAACGGUUACUAGACGCCAUAUGUGAGCGUCUUAAACCGAGUCUCUACACUGAAUGCACAUAUGUUUUAAGGGAAGGUGACCCCGUUGACGAAAUGUUGUUCAUUAUUCGUGGUCGGUUAGAAAGUGUCACUACUGACGGCGGUAGAAGCGGCUUUUUCAACCGCGGUUUUUUGAAAGAAGGUGACUUUUGCGGCGAAGAACUGCUUACUUGGGCCUUGGAUCCAAAAUCAGCAGGUAACCUACCACCAUCUACUCGAACCGUAAAAGCAUUAACAGAAGUAGAAGCUUUUGCGUUAAUCGCAGAUGAAGUAAAGUUUAUCACAAGUCAAUUCAGGCGAAUUCACAGUCGACAAGUUCAACACACGUUUAGAUUCUAUUCACAGCAAUGGAGAACAUGGGCUGCGAGCUUUAUUCAAGCGGCGUGGAGGCGCUAUUCUAGACGAAAGAUUCUAGAAUUGCAUCGGUUGGAGGAAGAAGAAGAAGAUGACGAGGAAUACCAAGAUUACGAUGAUGACGAUGAUGAGCAUGAUGACAAUGAUAUUAACGAAGAAAGCGCGUUAAUUAGAGGACGCGCAUCAUCAUCUUCAUUUGGUGCUACAAUGUAUGCGUCAAGAUUUGCGGCUAAUGCCAUGAAACAAGUUCAGAGGAAGCGUGGCGUGUCGACUGGCUUUAUUAGUCUUCAGAAGCCUUCUGAACCGGAUUUUGCUGCGGAUUAAGGCGAAUCAUUGUUUGUUGGUUUUGUAUUAAGAUGGAAGUUUACUUAUAAGUUAUAAUCGGAUGCGGUUUAGAUGUGAA